UCUCUUCUGACACGGACGUCAGGCUCCAAUUCAAAGUGACCAGAGGCACUCCCAGGUCCCGGGAAACGCUACGCUUUGUGCUGCCAUUGGUAAAGUGAGAUCUUACUAGGCGUAACCCACCAAAACUUCGGAUUGGUAGUCAGAUGAAUAUUGCCCCGAGUGGUUUCAGAUUUCAUUCCUCAGCCUCAUCACGGAAAUGUGACAACUCAACAAAAUGUAAGGAAAGUUAAUUCCCAGCCGAGCUGGAGAAUUCCCAUCGAAAGGAACCGGCACCAAAAAUGAGACCAACAUCCACCUCUGGGUUCUACCUCAGCAGGAAGACAGUGGUGCUAUGUAGCUUCCUCGUCCUAGUUUUACUGGUGGUUUGCACGGUUUUGGCCAUUUUCUAUGGCAAGCUAAUUGCUGAGAAUACGGGCAUCUCCUCGCCGACCUGGGAGCCUCCCAGCACCGACUGGGAGACGGCGGCCCCGGGUCGCCAGGGUCCCUGGAACAACUCCCGCUUACCAAACAGUCUUAUCGCCAGGAACUACCAGCUGGAGCUGUGGCCGCGCUCGCUCUCCGGGCUGGAGCGACCCAGCCACUUCUUCGGCCAAGUUAACGUGACGGUGACUUGCAUCAAGGAGACCGAGGUCAUCCUGUUGCACAGCCAUGAGCUCCGCUACACUGGGGUGGCCAUCGCCGCCCUGCUCCCUCCGGCCAUCCGCUGCACUUGGUUUGCAGUUGAGAACGAUUAUCUGGUGAUUGAACUGAACGAGAAGCUGAUAACAGGGAUGGACUACAUCAUUCAGGCCAACUACAGCGGGAAGCUGGAUGAGUUGUUAACGGGACUUUUCAUCACCAACUACACGGAGUGGGGUGUCAACAAAACCAUCAUUGCAUCACAGAUGGAACCGGUAUCUGCUCGAUCAGUUUUCCCAUGCUUUGAUGAACCUGCUAUGAAGGCAACAUUUGACAUCAGACUAGUGCACCGUCCCCAGUUUGUGGCACUCUCUAACAUGCCAGCAAUCUAUUUUUCUGAAAGACUGGAAAAGAAUGGUAUAUGGAAAGUUACAACAUUUAACACAUCCGUGAAGAUGUCCACCUAUUUAGUUGCUUUCGUUAUUAGUGACUAUGGUUGCGUUAACACAACUUCUAAUGGCGUAGAGAUUCGCGUUUGGGCAGAUAAUCAAGCCAUAUCAAAAGGUGAAGCUCAAUAUGCAAUAAAUGCAUUGGGCCCAAUUCUCUCAUUCUUUGAGGAAUAUUUUAACGUGAGUUAUCCAUUAUCCAAACUAGAUGUUGUAGCACUACCUCAGUUUGAAUCGGGUGCAAUGGAAAAUUGGGGCCUGCUGACUUUCAGAAAGGAUGCGCUGCUUCAUCACCCGAAUGGAUCGAUUGAAGAUCUGCAUGGAAUAUCGAAUAUUAUUGCACAUGAGCUGGCACACCAGUGGUUCGGAAACCUGGUUACUAUGUACUGGUGGAAUGAUCUGUGGCUCAAUGAAGGACUUGCAAGAUACUUUGAAUUCAUGGGUGCUUCUGUUGUGUUCCCAUCAGCAGCAAACAACAUAAUAUUAACUGAAGAUUUUCCUAACUCGCACCCUGUGGCUGAGAAGGAAGAGUGUGUAAGAACACCAGAGGAAAUUGACCUAAUGUUCAGCGGCGUUACUUACAACAAGGGUGCGAAUGUUAUCGCCAUAGCUUCCCAUAUUAUGACAAAGGAGCUACUUGCAAAAGGACUCCGGUCAUACCUCAAGACAUUUUCUUAUUCAAAUACUGUGACCGAUGAUAUGUGGAAUCAUUUGCAGAUGGCUAUUGAUAGUCAAGAUACAAUUAAACUACCAGCAUCAGUAAAAUCCAUCCUGGACACAUGGGCAAAGCAGGAAGGACUUCCCUUAAUAACAGUUAACACAACAAGUGGCAUCAUAACACAGGAGGAUAUAGUUAACAACGAAAUGGAAAUCAUCGUGUCAAAUAACUCAUGGUUUAUUCCAGUUUACUGGACGAAGAAUGGGUCUAAACAACCAGUUAUUUGGCUUGAGGAAAAAUAUAAAACAAUUCCUGAAGUGAAAUGUACUACUGAUGAAGAAUGGGUCCUGCUAAAUAUCAAUAUAUCUGCCUACUAUAGAGUUAACUAUGAUGAUUCCAAUUGGCAUCGGCUCAGUCUACAAUUAAAUAAUGACCCAUCUGUAAUUCCAGUUAUUAACAGAGCACAGAUGAUCAGUGAUGCAUUUCAUCUUGCACAGGCUGGAUAUGUUGACAUUGAAACUGCAUUGGAGAUGACUGUGUAUCUUGCAAAGGAAAAGGAAGAACUAGUAUGGCACAGCAGCAUUGGUCAUUUAAAACAAAUUGAAUUUAUGUUAAAGGCAACCUCAUCAUAUGAGCUUUAUAAGAAAUUCCUCUUUGACCGAGUUGUUCCAUUGUAUCAUUAUCAGAUGAAAUUAAUCAAUCAUGAUUUCAAUAAUAUUAAUAAUGCUGAAUAUAUAUCAAUGUUUGUUUCAACUAUUGAAAUAGUGUGCCGACUUAACCUAAAGGAUUAUCUGGAUCGAGCAACAAGCCUCUUUUUGCAGUUUAUGAGUAAUCCAGCUGUUAAUACAAUUCCACAUCGUCUCAGAGAAGUCAUCUACUGUGGGGCUAUUAAAGCCGGCACCAUCAUAGAAUGGGAUUUUGCAUUUUCAAUUUAUCAGAUGCAUACGUCCAUAUCAGAUGAUCAAGAUCUACUGAGCGCUAUGGCUUGUACCACAGAUCCAUGGAUGCUAACCAGGUAUUUACACUAUGCUAUGGACGAGUCAAAGAUCCCUGAGGAUUAUUCUAGGAGAGUUUUUGAACAUGUUGUUCGCUAUCCCAAUGGUUGGCUUUUAGCGUGGAACUUCAUACGAGCAAACUGGAAAAUGUUUCAACCUCCCAAAACAGAAUAUAUUGAAUUGGAAAAUUUUAUCUGGACACUAUUUGAUGGAGUUACAUCUAAUCUUCAAAUCAAAGAGCUUGAGCUAUUUCUGAACAACACCGCUAAAGGUCAUGAAUGGUCAACAUUACUUCGAGAAAUCAAUGAGGCCUUCCAACAGAAAUUGAAAUGGAAGGAGAAAAAUAAUUCUAAAAUUUACAACUGGUUGACUAAAAAUAUAGGUUAAAGCCGGUUAAAGGAAAAUGUUUUUAAAAAGUGCUCAAAAAUUGAAUACCCAUCUUUUUUUUCACAAUUCAUUCUUACCUGCUUAGCUUACCCUCACAUCUUGGGUUUAAAGGCUAUGCCUUGACUUUCUUCCCACAAAUAAAUGUAUUGAAUCUUUCUAUAUUCCUGGGUAUUUAAUCAUCACCCUAAUUAAUUAUAUAUCAGGCUUUAAUAUUAUUAAUUCCAUUCACAUAAUAGGACAUUUCUCUCAUUGCCACAUUUUCAAAGAAAGUCUGCCCAAUUUCUCAAACUCUUUUAAUCUGAGCAUGGUUUUUUCAUUUUUAUUCAACUGUUAACUUUGUAAAAGAUAUAUAUUCUUUGUACAGUUGUGGG